AUGGAGCAAGAUUGGGCAAGCCUCCCAAAACAUCUUUUAGACUUAACUUUGGGGAAGUUGGGGUCAUUUACAGACUAUAUACAAUUUGGAGCAGUUUGUAUUCGUUGGCAUUCCAUACUGAUAGAUAAUCCAAAUAAACAAAACGAAUUAAUGCGGCACCAUCAAGUUCCAGUGCUUUUAUUUCCUGGAAAAGAAGAAGAUACAUGGAGCAUCUACAACAUCACAAACAACAAAUUCUUAGAGUUGAAGUUAUCUUUAUCAUAUAAGAGACGUUUCAGUGGCUCUUCAGAAGGAUGGUUAGUAAUUGGAAAUAAGGAUCAUACUGUGACGCUUCACAAACCUGAUUUUAUAGAUUAUAAAGUAGAAAAUAGUCAAUUAGCAAAUUAUGAAAGUAUCGACCUCCCAUGUUUAUUUGAUCCCCCCGACGAAGAAGACGAUUUGGAUCCAGAAAUUCUUGAAUAUUUUGGUGAAGAAGCUUAUGAUUAUCGCAUUGCCAAGGCUUUAAUUACAGCCGAUCCGCUAAUAAAUCCUGACAACUGCACCAUUUUUAUGAUAUUCGGCGGAUAUAAUGAAAUAGCAUUUCGUAGAUAUAAGAAAGAUACCGAAUGGGUUAGAAUUGCAGAUAGGCACUACGAUGACAUUAUCCAUUACAAGAACAACUUUUAUGCUGUGGACUAUUCUGGUAGGCUUGUGUCUUUCAAUAUUGAUGACCCUUCCACUAUAAAGUUGGUUACACCCAAAAUUUUGAAUCUAACAUCGGUUGCACAUGUUAAGAGAUAUCUUGUUGAAUCAUGUACUGGAGAGCUCUUGCAAGUUGAAAGAUUUGUUAGAAUGGACGAGGAUUUAAAACGUUGGACAACAAUAUUCAAAGUUUACGGAUUAAAUAUGGAUUUUGAUCAUGAAGGAAUUAGGUGGAUUGAGACAAAAAGCCUAGGUGGUGCCGCUUUGUUCGUAGGGGACAAUUCUAGUAUAUCUGUGUUAGCUUCUGGUGGGUUUCAAUGGAAUUGUCAACCAAAUUGCAUCUAUUUCACGCAUGAUGAUGUUAGUAUUAAUGCUAGUAAGGGUUCUGAUAUGGGCAUUUACAACGUGGAGACUGGAAGUUUCGAGUUACACUUUGCUAUGGACCCAACUACUUUUUCUAGGAUAUUUGAUCGACCUCCAAUUUGGGUUGUUCCCAUACCCAACAAAUAUUAG